GCCGGCGCUCUCCCCAUGCCGCCCCCGGCCCGUCCCGCGGCGCUGCUCCUGCCGUGCCUGCUGGCCGCGGCCGUGCCCGCUGCGGGCGGCGGCUCGGCGCGCUUCUGGCACCUGACGGACCUGCACUGGGACCCCGGGUACGAGGCGGCGGCGGCGGCGGGCCGGCCGUGCCCGUCGGGCGGCGGGCGGGCCGCGCGGGCCGGGCCGUGGGGCAGCCACGCGUGCGAUGCGCCCUGGAGCCUGCUGCGCUCGGCCGCCCGCGCCAUGCGGGGCCGCCUGCCCGCGCCCCACUUCGUGCUCUGGACCGGAGAUGACACUCCCCAUGUCCCCAAUGAGCAGCUCGGAGAAGAAAAGGUUCUGCACAUAAUAGCAAAUCUGACUUCUCUGAUAAAGGAGACUUUUCCAGGUACCAAGGUCUAUGCAGCGAUGGGCAAUCAUGACUUCCACCCCAAGAAUCAGUUUCCUGGGAAGGAGCACAGGAUCUACAACCAAACAGCAGAGCUGUGGCGGCCGUGGCUGAAUGAUGCCUCCCUUCCUCUCUUCAGAACAGGAGCUUUCUACAGCGAGAAGCUGCCUGGCCCAGGGAUGAGGGGAAGGAUGGUUGUCCUCAACACCAACCUGUACUAUGACCAGAAUGAUGAGACAGCUGGUGAGGAGGAUCCUGGGGGGCAGUUCCAGUGGCUGGAAGAAACACUGACCAACGCCUCUAGAGACAAUGAAAUGGUCUACAUUGUGGGGCAUGUCCCUCCUGGCUUCUUCGAGAAGAAACGGGGCAAGGCCUGGUUCCGGAGGGGCUUUAACGAGCGCUACCUGGCAAUUGUGCAGAAGCACCACGGGGUGAUCGCUGCCCAGUUCUUUGGGCACCACCACACAGACAGCUUUCGCAUGUUCUACAGCCACACAGGUACUCCAAUCAAUGUCAUGUUCCUGGCCCCUGGAGUGACUCCCUGGAAAACAACAUUGCCUGGAGUGAGCAAUGGAGCCAACAACCCUGCGAUUCGGGUGAUCAGCUAUGAUCAGGACACGCUGCAGGUCUUGGAUAUGGUCACUUACUACUUGAACCUCACUCGUGCCAACAUGAUGGCCUCACCAUGGCAGGAAGAGUUCCCAGAGUGGGAAGAAGAGUACAGGCUGACAGAAGCCUUCCAGGUCCCUGAUGGCUCUGCACGCUCCAUGCAGACGGUGCUGGAGAGGAUCUCCAGGGACCCCCACUACCUGCAGCUGUACUACGAGUUUAACUCUGCCAGGUAUGACCUGGAGCCGUGCCAGCAGGAAUGCCGUGUGGAUCACCUGUGUGCCAUCAGGGAAGUAGAUUUUAUAAAGUAUGAUGAGUGUGUGAAAACCAACAGCUCUGCCUCUGCUGCCAGCAGUGCUUGGCUUUUGGUUUUCUGCAUGUUCUUAGGAUUCCUCAGUCCUCAGCCAGUGCUGUGAUGGCCAAGAGGAUGAGAAAAGGAGGAGGGCAUGAGAUCACACUACACUGCAUGUGAAUUGGUGAUUUUGGCAUUGAGAACUUGCUUGGAAAAGAGGACAAAAUUGUAAAUGUUUACUAAAAGCCCUAAAUGCUGAUUUGAAAUUUUCUAGAGAUGUGUGAAGAGCAAUGUUUUUGAGAGCCUUAUUGUGCCAAAGUGACUGCAACAAGGAGUGUCUCCCCUCUGCUGGGGCAGCCUCACAAACCAGAUAAAGACCAGGCCUCCCUGUGGACAUUAACCUCCAAGGGGUGAGGGUAGGGAGCUACCACACAUUCCAGAGGCUGCUGCCAGCACUCCUUAUUUUGGCACACACUUUUUUUUGCAAGUCUGCACAGCUGGUGACUCAGGAAGACUUGUUGUGGUGGCUUUGUUCCACAGCAGCCUGUGGCUUUUGAGCAAAGCGGGGUGGGGUGACAGCCCAGAGAGCCCAGGGCAGGCUGCAGGUCAGUGACAGGGAUGGUGCCUCAGCCUGCCCAAGGCCUCUCUCUGUCAGGGGAGCAGGCUGAGCCUGAGAGCAGCAGAGCUGGGCUCUGGAGUACAACUUACAGAGAGGAUUAUGCCAGAAUCAGAUAAAACUCCACUUGGAAAAUAAAAGCAACCACUGUUCAAAAUCCACUGUUCAGUGUCACUUGUGUACCAAAGUGCAGCACGAGGCAGCAGAGCAGGUCACAAGCAAAGUAGCUGGGGCAGCUUUAGGAGCUGCAGCCUGAGGCAGCCCAAGGACAAGGCCUGCAGGGAGAAGGGCACUUUGCCAUGGCAGGAUCCUCCCGUGAGCCACAGCACGACAGGCAGGCUCAGCUGUACCACUGCACACUGGAACGAACACACUACACUCUCCAACCUGGCAAAAUCUGCAUUUAAUUUACAACCAUAGUAAAGGUUACAGGUAAAAAGCUCAACAGAAGUGUGAAAAGGCCUAUUACAUAUUACACAAGUGUACAAAUGUCUGUACAAAGCCCCUCGAUGUUCCUGUCCCCUCGUGGCCAGCUGUGGCCCCUAAGCUCUGAAAUAAUAAGAGCUGGUUCAGAGUCUGAGAGGAGAAGAGCUUUAAAAAAUGAGCAGUGAAGUUUCCCUUGUCAAGAAAAAUCUUGCAAAGAGCCACUUACAAAAACAAAAUUCCAAAAACCC